AUGCCAGCUAAACGCGUGCUCGUAUCGUACGGGGUGGACAUUGACGCCGUUGCGGGCUGGCUCGGCUCGUACGGCGGCGAAGAUUCGCCCUCGGACAUUUCUCGCGGCAUCUUUGCUGCCGAAGUGGGCGUCCCCCGCAUGCUCCGCCUCUUUGCCAAGAAGGACAUUCGAGCGACGUGGUUCAUCCCCGGCCACACGCUCGAGUCGUUCCCCACCGAGUGUCGAGCGAUUGUCGAUGCGGGUCACGAAAUCGGGCUGCACGGAUACUCGCACGAAAACCCCACCGCCAUGUCGCUCGACCAGCAAAAGGCGAUCCUCGAAAAGACGUUCAAGCAGUUGACCGAGUUUGUGGGCAAAUCGCCUACGGGAAGCGUGGCGCCGUGGUGGGAAACUUCCGCAGAGGGCGCAGAGUUGCUGCUGAGCUAUGGGAUCGAGUACGACCAUUCCAUGAUGCACCACGACAGCCAAUGCUACUGGCUCAGGACCGGCGAUCAAUGGACCAAGAUCGACUACGCAAACAAGCCAGAGACCUGGAUGAAACCCUUGCAGAGGGGAGACGUCACGGGACUCGUCGAAAUCCCCGCCAACUGGUAUGUCGAUGACCUUCCACCCAUGAUGUUUAUCAAGAAAUCACCCAACAGCCAUGGAUGGGUCAAUCCGAGGGACAUCGAGCAGAUGUGGAUGGACAUGUUCCAGUGGCUCUACGACAACGAAGAAGAUUUCGUCUUCCCCGUGCUUGCCAUGCACGAACGCUUUAUCGACUGGAUCAACACGCACGAAGGCGUAAAGUGGUGCACCAUGGACGAGAUGAACAAAGACUUUCGCUCGCGCAACCCGCGACCCUCCUAA